AUGAGCGCAGCGCUUCGCGUGUCGUUGCGGACAUUCAAGAUUGAUCCCGCUACGGUGACAUCCAAACCCUCGACAUCUGGAUCCUCGUUUCUUCUAGCCUCGAACUCGCUGCUACGACACUCGCCCUCCUUUGGUAGAAUCAAUACUUCGUCAUGGACUCGCUCGGUGUCUUCCCACGGCUCGACCCUCGCCUCUUCGAGCCGUUCUUUCUCUGUCAAGGCUUCGCCUCUCUUGUCUGCGGAGGCUAAGAGCCAGCACAAGUCCGAAAAUGAGCCUAAUAUGAAUGCAUCGCAGCGGAGUAUGAUAAAGUGGUUUAUCAUUGGAAGUAUCCUCGGUCUGGGCACAGUGACGUUCUCCGAUCAAGCGCAGCAUGCGUUGGGUGCGGCCAAACGCAGUGGGCGCGUUGUAGGCGCACUAGCUGUCUGUAUCAACGACUACCGUGUUACCCUCAAACAAGCCGCCUUGUCCCCCGAAGAACAUAACGCACUGAUUCACGCAUGCCACAAGCGAUGUGCCGAGCGUACACUCCAUGUCCUAGAAAAGAAUGGAUCGAUUUUCAUCAAAUUGGGCCAGCACCUCAGCAGCAUGGGCUACCUGCUUCCCAUCGAAUGGACCUCGACCUUCAUCCCGCUCCAGGACCGAUGCCCCGUUUCGUCAAUUGAGUCAAUUGACGAGUUGUUCCGGAAGGACACAGGGCAGAGUAUGAAUGAGUUGUUCGCCUCUUUUGAAGAGAAGCCCAUCGGUGCUGCAUCGCUGGCACAGGUGCACAUUGCUACGUUGAAGGAAACUGGACAGAAGGUCGCUGUUAAAGUGCAGCAUCCCGCGCUGGACGAAUGGGUGCCGCUGGACUUGGCUUUGACUCGAUUCACUUUCUCCAUGCUGAAGCGCUUCUUCCCUGACUACGACCUGGAAUGGUUGUCUAAGGAAAUGGACUUCUCGCUGCCGCAAGAACUGGACUUCCGCAUGGAAGCCCAGAAUGCUACUCAUGCCAGCGAGUACUUCAAAAAGCACACCGAUGCCCCGCUGGUCAUUCCUGAAGUGAUGUGGUCUCAAAGACGUAUCCUCGUCAUGGAGUACAUUGCAGGCCACCGCCCCGACGACCUGGCGUAUCUAGAUGCCAACCACAUCGACCGUGACGAAGUCUCCGCCGCCCUCGCGCACAUCUUCAACGAAAUGAUCUUCGGCGACAACGCUCCACUCCACUGUGAUCCUCACGGCGGCAACAUCGCCAUCCGUCCGAACCACACCCGCUCACACCCCAACUUCGACGUCGUCCUCUAUGACCACGGGCUCUACCGCAACAUCGACCGCGACCUGCGCCGCAACUACGCCAAGCUAUGGCUAGCCGUUAUCGAUGGGGACGUGCCACGGAUGCGCGAAUUCGCAUACAAGGUCGCCGGCGUCACGGACAAGCAAUUUCCGCUCUUUGCCAGCGCCAUUACUGGUCGAGACUACAGCGUUAUCACGAAGGAAAGCGUCGUCUCCCCGCGGACGGCUAAAGAGAAGGAUGAUAUUUCUGGUGCAUUGGGUGAGGGCAUGCUACAACAGCUGGUUGUCUUGCUAGGCCAGGUUCCACGGAUUAUUCUUCUCAUCUUGAAGACCAAUGACCUUACUCGCAGCCUAGACGAAAACCUACACACACGCCAGGGCCCAAUGCGCUCUUUCCUCAUCCUCGCGCGAUAUGCCACACGAACCGUUUUCGAAGAGCAGUUAGAUCUCAUCAACGAGUCUGGCGGUGUCUUCCGCAACUUCUUCCGCUUCCUGUGGGCCUACGCGAGCUACCUUCGUGUUGAGGUCAAAUUGUCGGUUUAUGAGACUGUGUUGUCCUUGAAGUCUCGCUUCGGCCUCCGGAGCGUUUAG